AUACUUUGCAAUUGCAUUAACAUUUUAUUAUUACUCAUAAACCAAAAUAUCAUAAAUCUCCACCGGUACAUGUACGCAAACCCGUAUAGAAGUACUUAACGUCGAAAUUUGCUACUACUUUUUCACGUUAGUUUGAAAUAAAUUAUCAUGCCUUGCAUUGUCCCGACAUGCCUUCGCACGGACGAGAAAAUGAUUUCGUUUCCUGAUGAUCGAACGCUUGCGGCUCGAUGGUUUACAGCGAUCGAAGUUGGUUGCGGGCACUCGAUGCAGCUCGCCGAACCAGUUUCGAAUCCGGAAGUGUGCAGUUCACAUUUCAUACCUACGGGUUCGGACAUAUUCAUCUAUGAAGAACCGUCUAGAUUCUUACACCGUGAUGAAACAUGUACGCAGAUCAGCAGUUGCAGGGCUUGCUUGGCGUUCCAUCCGAGUGAAGAUAUGGUUUCGUUAGAAGAUAGUAUAGGCGAGAAAAGUAUUGCAUAUCUGCUUGAAAUGUUGGACGUCAGCGUUUACGAAAACAAUUUUCUGAAAUUGAUUUGCUUAUCGUGCAUUGCUCAAAUAGAAAUAUUUACAGCUCUUCGCACAAAAUUUACGCAAUCAGAGCUAGCAUACAAGGAAUUACUACAGAAAAGUCGAAAUGUAGUGCAGUAUUUUGACAUCAAAGUAGAGGUUGAUUCGGAACAGGUUGCUAUGGUAGAGGAAGAAACAUUGAUGCAAACUUCUAUGAAGGCUGAGUUCGAUGUGAAUCAGGACAGCUAUGAUGAUGAGUACAAACCGGUACCGAGCCGUAAUCGUUCGAGCCGGACAGAAAAACGACGUAGAGGUCCGAAGAAGAGAAAUUCUUGCAAACUCACAUCCAAUGAAAAUGAAAAACAGGAUGAACAAAUCAGUUUAAAGAAAAAAAUGGAACGAAAAUGUUAUAUUUGUAAUACGGUUCUUCCAGAUGCCAAUCAGCUGCUGGUGCAUCUGACUAAAACUCACCCUUCCAAAACAGGCUAUAAAUGUGAUGAAUGUUCUCUUGAAAUCCCUUUGCUAUAUGCAUAUAAUCGUCAUCUCAGCCGGCACGACAAGUCGGAACGGCCACUUAAAUGCACCAUGUGUCCUAUGCGCUUUGUGUCCCAUUUUCAGCUAAAACUACAUGAAAAUAAACUGCAUGGUGCGAAACACGAUGUCAAACGAGGUGUAAGUAAAGCACGAGUAAUGGUGUGCGAUCAGUGUGGCAAAGUUAGUGAUAACCGCAGUAUAAAGGAACACAUCCGACAAGUACACCAAAAAGAAAGUCAACCGACAUGCAAUAUAUGCGAGAAAACGUUUACGACAAAACCAAGUCUAGAACGACACAUGCUUUUGCAUACAAAUGCCAAACCCUACAGCUGCGAACAGUGUGACGCUACCUUUCGACGUUUGCUUGAUUACCGUCACCACAAAAGCAAAGUACACGAUGGCGUUAAUCCACACGUUUGUUCCGAAUGCAAUCAAGAAUUUAAAAGCUACCAGCAGCUGUAUGGCCACAAGCAAAGAGUUCAUCGAAACAAGAUACCCGCAUACCAGUACUAUCAGCAGUAUGAAACAUGCAAACUCUGUCGAUUGCGAUUUGCGAAGAGCGGUGAGUUGGUUGAGCACGUUCAAAAACAACACGCAGAUGAACAAUAUCCGAUGCACCAGUGUCCGCAUUGUCCGAAAACGUUUAUGAUGGCGAUAAGACUGGCGACCCACAAGCUUAUCCAUUCCGAUAAGUACGUCUGCAAGGAGUGUGGCGCUCGCCAGGUCAGCGCAAAGAAACUUCAAUAUCACAUGGAUGUCAAACACCCGGUUGGUCGCGUAUACACCUGUUCCGGCUGUCCGAGAACGUUUACCAGCUUACAUCAGCUCACCCUGCACAGUACUAUCCACACUAGAGGGAAGCAGUUCCAGUGCGAUUUCUGCACGAAAUCGUUUCUGCGAAAGUGUCAGCUGGUGAUACACAUACGAACGCACACGGGGGAGAAACCAUUUCAGUGCGAAGGAUGUUCGAAGCGAUUCAGUGAUGAUGGAACUUUUUGCAAACACAAAAAACGCUGCCAGGCGUUGCUCGCUAGGACACUUGCGAAGUCGGAGUAUGAGGAGAAUUAGUAUGGGGGUCAAGAUUAGUUCGAACGUUAUAGAAAAUUGCGUUAAUUAAUUUGCCUGUGUCCUCAUGGAAAAAUUGAUAUUAUAAGAGUGUAA